AUGAAAGAGAGCAAAGCUGUUUAUGUUACAAAACGUAAUAUUAAAGAAAAUUUAGGUAGGGAUUACAAUUUUUACGUAAGCCACGUCAUCAGAGACCGAGACCUGACUUUGCAGUCUCUGAGAUAUGAAAAAACCCAAGAAGUGGGGACCCAGUACGAUUGCAAGAGGGAUAACCUAGUAUGCACGUGUAGAAACCUUUCUGGUGUAAGGAAAAAGCAAGAUUUUAGAUACUCGAUUGCCCCAAAUCAAGUCUUCGCUUACCACGAGAAAUCAAGGAGUUUUACAGAUAUUGGGAUAGGUACAGUUCAACCGUUUCAGAGAAAAAAAGUUAAAAGAAUAUACCUGCCUGAGACUAAUGACAGGGGGUGUGGAAGUUCGGACUUAACAAAUUACUUGCUUCGUAAGCCAAGACAAUACGUGCCAAGGGGAUAUUAUGAGACUAAAAAAACGACAUCAAAGUGUGUCGGUGGUAUAUUAGAUUAUAACACAGUUAGCGUCAUGAGCGAAAAAUUGUCACCAAUCAUACAAACUGCAUCGGGAUCUACCAGCCCGCGGGAACUUGAGAAUAAAGAUAUAAAGAUUGGCAGUAACACUAUUACCAAGAGCCUAACUGAUACCAGUACACAAGUAGAAGACGGUGUUAACAAGGAAAUAGAAAUAAAUAUACAGUCAAAGGAAUCGACUAAACAUGUUCCCCAAAGUCAGCAACAGUUAAACCAAGAAAAAAUUAAGAUAACAAUUACAAAACACCCAGCUGCCAUUUCAAGCGCAGUCAAAGAAAAAUUUACAGCGCAAGACAAAUAUUCUUCAGAUUCUUUAGUACAACACAUUCAUGAUUUAGAAAGCCCUAUGAUUGAUAAACAAAGUCGGUGUUCUGACGAUCCCAUGGAAAACAAACUUGAAAGAGAAUACAGAAAAAUAUUUACAACCAAAUCCAAACAGUCAAAAAAAUCUAGUACUGAUAGCCGUUUGCCUGACUACAAGAGUGCAUCUAUUUUAAAACGCAGAUUUGAAGCGCUUCGGCGUGGUCUAGGUAGAAAAGAAGAUUCUUCAAAAAAUUCUGUUUUUUUAAGUAAAAUGUCGAGUCAAGUUAACAUGUCUGCUGCUAGUCAUCGAGACGUUUCUAUAAAUUCAGACCCCCCAUCUUUGGAGGCCAGAUCCUACUCUCAUACGAAAAUUUAUAGUCCUCACGCAUUUCCAUCAAUCGUUGAACAUGAUAAAACUAUUCCUUACUCCCCUCAAUCAAUCUACGAAAGGUCUAUAAGUAGUAAACAAACGGACAGAAACGCUAUGUCAUGGCCUAAAACUGAUGAAGAUGACAGUGAGUCCCAAGGAGUUAAAGGUAUGUUUAAGUUAUGGGGAAAAAAAUUUAAUCUAGAAGAUGAUCAUUACAGACCAAAUGCUACACCAAAAUCUUCUUAUACUUCAAAAAAAGGAGUAAAGAAAGAGAGAUCAAUGAAAAUAUCCUCCAAGAUUAAUGCAGAAGAAAAAGAAAAACGAAAGUUCUUUUUCUUCAAGAAGAAGAACAAAGAAAAGCCAUUUAAGACUAAGAAAGGUGUUACGGCUGGUCGUUGUGAAGUAAAAGACGGGUUGAUGAUUAAAAUUGGUAAUAUAGCUAAUGAUCCAGAAGCGCAAAAUAAGAGACUAGAUGGAAUGUCUGAAAUUUAUGAAGAAACUAUGAAGUCAGCUUGGCUUCAGAAAUAUCUUUCUCAAGAAAUUGACUCACGAAAUAGUGUCAAAGUAAGGUGGAACAAUAAAACAUACACAUCAAGUAGUAGUACAGUCUUCGAACUUAUGGAUAAUGUAUACAAAGACCCCGGUAAGGUGUUCAGGUCAAAGAGUGAGGUUACUAUAGAAUCCUCUUAUUACAAAUCAUAUACGAGGCACCAUCAAGUGAACUUCAUGCAACAAAAUAUAGAAGCUUGGAUGAUACCACAAACUAUAACAGAUUACCCACACAAGCUUCCUAUUCAAGCUAGGCCCGAGCCACGAAAACCUAGUAAUGAAAACAUGGAAGUCAGGAUUUCUGAUCAAAAAUGGUUAAUAGACAAAUCUAAAGCCUUUUCGCACAAAAUAGAAGUUGUUUUGCUUUCCAAAAAUUUUGUGAGGUGCAAUAAAAAAGCAAGCUCUGAGUAUUUGAGAAUAGAUAUACCUAAAGGAUUCUUCUUGAAUUCUAGUGAAGCAAGCGCUGACAGCAACAAUAUUAGAAAUAAAGGGGAUGUGAAUAAACAGAGUCAAUCUAGCGAUGAAGAAGUAUACAAAAUUGUUGAGUAUGAAUCAGUAAGUGAUAAUAAAAAAGAAAGAAACACACGCAAAUUAGAUACAGGAUAUCACAAACAUAAUAAUAUAAAAGUAACAGUUAGUGUGAAGAGUAAUAGAGACAUUAAGCCAAGAAUUGUAGAGACAAUGAUUAAAUCUCCACCAGCACAUCGAGAAGUGUUAAUUCAGGGCAGCAACGUUUGUAUACCCAAAAGAUGUGAUGUGAUUGGAGUAGGAAUUAUCACGCGUAGAGAUAUGCAUUUGAGCGACUCACGGAAGCCCAUUUUGAAGAUUGAAGACUACCCCUCCGAUGAUGAGUCCGAACACGACUUAAAACCGCAGAAUAAGAAAUGCGAACUUGCUGAGAGCUACUUGCAAGAUUACUACCGCAAUUGGACCCCUUUGAGCCUCGAUCUCUUCUCGUGGUGUAUCAGCGAUUCUCAUCUACGAUGCUGCUCAGAAACAUCAAAGACGAGUUUUUACCAGCAAGGUGAUGGGACUAAGUCUUGUCCUAACAUCUUUGAUGACUAUCAAACUAUAGUAUCCUCUUGUGACACGUCAAGCAGGUUUAUAACACCAGAUUAUGACCCAGAGCCUGAAAAGGCUCCAUGUUGGUAUCAAGUACUGAAGAAACGUAAACCAAAUGAUAAAAUGACGAAAUCACAAGUUAUCGACAUAUACGACCCCAAAAGAGUGUGUCCUAAAGAUUCUAUCGAGGUUUUUAGGAGAAGGCGAAUAUACGCAAAAAGCAAUAAAGCUAAGUGGAAGACUGGAGCACCUUGUUGUGAAACCCCAUUAGCCUCAAUGCCCAGUUAUGAAUGUAAAUCAUCCGGUUCCCCAUGUACGAAAGAGAUAAAGCCCUGUUGGAAACCCACAGAGAUGAAGCCAAAGAGAAAGCCUAUUGAUACUAAACAUGUAUCUUUACCAAACUGUGAAGAAAUUAAUGACUUGAUCGGAAAGUUAAAUGAUUGUUGCGAACCUGAAAGUAUUCUGUCAGUUAAGGGCACACCUCGGGCUUUUACUGGAAAAAAAGAAACUAAAGUAAACCCUAUACCUUCUUGUCAAAUCCCGCCAAUUCCUUGUCGAAGUUCAUGCGAAAGGAUGCAAAAGCCACCUUGUCGAAAUUCAAAAGUGUCUUGCGAUGAAAUGUUUAAAACCAAAUGCUGUUCAUCACCGUGUUCACCGCCAAUAUCUGUUUCAGUUAUUUGCCCACCCCCUGCCCCGUGCACGGCUUGCAAGCCUGUCCCUACGCCUCCCUGCAAAAGUACGUCACCCCCACCCUGCAAAAAGCCAUCUCCUCCAUGCAAAAAGCCAUCUCCUCCAUUUUGCAAAAAGCCAUCUCCUCUCCCAUGCAAAAAGCCAUCUCCUCUCCCAUGUAAAAAGCCAUCUCCUCUCCCAUGUAAAAAGCCAUCUCCUCUCCCAUGUAAAAAGCCAUCUCCUCUCCCAUGCAAAAAACCAUCUCCCCCAAAUUGCAAAAAACCGUCACCACCGCCAUGUAAAAAGCCACCUCCAUGUAAAAAGCCUUCGCCACCGCGUUGCAAAAAGCCACCUAAUUGCGAAGUGCCGUCGCCCACGUGUUCAAAUACCAGUUCCAAAUCCAGCUCUUCUUCCAGUCCAUGCAAUAAGCCGACUGGUAUAAAAUUAAGGAGUCCACCUGUCAGUCGUAAAACUUCGCCUAUACGUCCGCCAUGUCCUCAUUCACAUCCACCCUGUCCCGGAAGACCACCUUCAUGCUGUGCUAUGAGCCCACCGUGUCCACACACAACUCCACCGUGCCCACAUACACCUCCGCCGUGCCCGCAUACGUUCCCCCGAUGUCCAUUUUCUCCCCCAUCAUGUCCGCAUUCAUCUUUGCCGUGUCCGCGUUUAUCCCCACCAUGUCCAUAUGCAGUAAUAUGUCCACCACAAACACCCCAAAAAUGUCCUUCCACACCAUCGACAUGCCCUUAUAGUUCACCAUGUUAUUCACCCCCCCCAUGUAAGAAACCUCCAUGUCCUCCAAAAAAACCUUCAAAGACAAGCCGUAAACCACCCUUAUGUCAUAAACCACCAUCGUGCCCUCAACCACCUUCAUGCCCUACGUCAUGUCAUAAAUCAGCUUCAUGCCAUAAAUGUCCUUCAUGUCAUAAACCUAUCUCUUGUCAUAAACUACCACCAUGUACGAAAUUAUCAUCAUGCCCUAAACCACCUCCCUGUCCAAAACCACCGCCAUGUCCAGAACCAUCCCAACCAUGUUCACCACCACCAUGUCCUCAUUCUCCACCGUGCCCACCUACACCGCCAUGUCCUUAUACACCACCAUGCUGUCGUUCACCAUGUCCAAAAGCACCUAAAAAGCUCUGCCCUGGAGCUCCUGAACCAUGUUGCGUUCGAGAUCCUUCUUUGUGUCCUGCUUUACCUCCACCUUGCAAAACAAAAACUGGCUUAAAAAAGAUAUUGGCAAAAAUUAAAUCUCCUUCUAGUCCAUCUUCUCCACCUUGCAAGUCCCCUCCUUGCAAGCCCCCUCCAUGCAAGCCUCCUCCAUGCUAUCCACCUCCAUGUAACCCACCGCCUUGCAAGUCGUCUUCUCUACGAAAGCCCAUAUGUAUGUCAUCCCACUGCUGUCAUCAGGCCUCUCCAAGGCCCUGCUCGCCAAUUUGCCAGAAGUUUUCAGUGGCAUCGGCAGUAUUAUCAUAUAGCUCAUUAGGCCAAGGACGAGAACAUGACGCUCCCUUCAGAUAUUCGCCCAUCCAUCCAUGUCCCGGUAAAUGUGUUGCUGAUGAGGAAACAAAAUCACAAAACCUUAGAGAAGAGUCUUCAGGUCUUAUGCACAUGCAGAGUGGUUGCUGCGUUCCAAUUAAAACAAAACAGGAGUCUACACAAUCAGUCGCAUCACCACUGUGCGGCAAUGAGAAAUCUGUGUGUCGAAAGUUAAUAACACCUAAGAUGUCAUGUGAAACUAUACCUCCGUCACCGCCAAAACAGUCAACAUGUCUAAAAUCUUGUCCGAAUCACCCAGACCAAACUGCUCAACAACCUGCUUGCCAGAAAAAGAUAGAAUGCCCUGUACCUAAAACACCACCGCCUCCCCCUUGUCCACCGCCACCACCUCCAUCAAUAGCUCCACCCUCCCUCCCUACUAAACACCCACCACGCCCGCAAACACCUAAUAAGAAUAAAGUUACUGGAGUUCACUUAAGAAUGUCUCCUUCUUCUAAGAAGCAGAGUAAUUCGGCAGAAUGUGUAAUUUGGCAAAAUCCGAUGCCAGAUAACGCUUGUAUCGACCUUAAUUCUGAUGACAAAAUAACCAUUCGUUUGAAAAAACAAACACCAAGUACUGAAGAAAUCAGAGAAGGCUUGAAUAUAAAAGUCCAAGAUGAAGACGGGAUGACUUUAUAUGAAAGAAAGGAUUAUAGGCAACGACCACCAGUAUAUGAAAGGACUUCACCAUCUCUUUUAGGAGAUUUAUAUCGUCAUUCCCAUGUGCACAGAGUUGCAGCAACUUUACCAGGUCAAACAAAUUCUAGUAAAGAUUGUCAUAAAGAGGUUUCAGAAGAGGGAAGCGAUACUAGUAUAGCAAACACAAUAGAAAUACAAUUUAAACUUAAGGUUACACAAGGCAACAAAACAACAGAGAUCAAUGUAGCAAAUGACAAUGUCAAUGUCGAAGAUAGCAUAAAAGAUAAACCAUUAAACAAAUUGCCUCAAGAUGUCUUCGUACUUAACAAUGACGGAGAGCACACCGGUGACCAAUCUGAUGGAAAAAAUGAUAUUAACAUCCGUAUAGUAAUAAAGAAUUUUAAACCCAAAGGAAGUAAGAAAUUCACACAACGUAAUGAUUACGUAAAAAAAUUUGCCAAACAAAUUUCCACCAAAUUCCAUUCAGUUUCUACUGCACCAGAAGACACUGAUCGUACAUUUUCUAUACACAGAGCUACGGUAGACCUGACAUCGUCAAUAGAAAAGCAGUCAAGCGGGCAUGAAAAUCGGGGAGUGAAGAGUCAACAAUUAGAACAAGAACCUGAAAAAAUAUCAUCGCGUGCAACGGAAGAAUCUAUCUGUCGUUGCGUUAUUGAAGAUAGACUGUCUAUAAUUGGAGAUGGAGAUUCACAAUCAAGGUCUAGUAACAAUGAAAGCCAGCCUACCGAAACACAAGAUGAAUGGGAGGCAGAAAAAGAUGAGAGAGAGCCAGACACAGAUAUAGAAAAACCGGAAACAGACAUAGAAAAGCCAGAAACAGAUUUAGAAAAACCAGAGACGGACUCCGAAAAACUAGACACAGAUACAGAAAAACCAUCCGAACUAAAAUAUAAUACGAUACUGUUUACCGAUACAGAUGAUCCUGAUACAAUUCCAGAACAAGAUGAAAUGUCAAAAGAAAGUGAGGAAAAGAUUGUCAAGCCUCGUACAAAAGAGGAGAAAAAGAAAAUGCUAAAACACGUCCUUGAAAAAGCACAGGAAUCAAACAACCCUAAAACUCGAACAAAAUUGAGAGACGCGCUUAAAGUAGUAUUAACAUCAGACAGCAGUGAGCCCGACCUGAAGGCACCGAUUGAUUCAAGAAAGGAUUUAGCGAAGGACGUUACAUAUGCGUCCUUGAAGCCUAAUUAUUUUAGAGACACUAAUAGCAUGAAAAAUUACUAUAGAGGAGACAGUAUUGCUGCUAUAUCAGAUAGAGAUAUCAACCAACAAGUAAUUUAUCCAACCGAAGAGAACAAUAGUGAAUGUACAAAAUCGAGUUACGUCACUACUGAUAACGACACCCCACCGCCUCAACAGGAUUGUAUGUGUAGCACUGUAGCAGAAAGAUUAAAAAUGGUAUCUCGAAUGUGCAAUAUUCGAGAGAACUGUUGUUGUAGUCAACGUAAGCCUAAAAACAUUAAGAGUGAAGAAACUUGCUGCGAUUUAAAAAAAGAUUUUGAGUAUGACUACGAUUACAAAGAAGCGGAAUAUGUUGAUGUGCAAACUCAAAAUUCAAGAUAUUUAUCUAGUAAAGUUACCAGCGCGAAUUUCUCUAUACACAGUCAGCUGAAAACGAAUAUAAUUAUACCACAUCUCAGUUUUCAACAGAAUAUUACUACACAUUCGCAACUACGACGCAAGGAGGAAAACAAAAAAGAUAUGCCACAGUUUCCCGGUCCUUCAUCACCACCUAUGAACCAAAUGAGAAAGCUUAACCAAAAGACGAUUCUGACGAUAUCGGAUGAAGACAAAAUAGUUCUCCUUAGCGACAAACCUGAAAAAGAGUCUAAUGAGGAAAGGCGAAAUAAUACUAAAGGUAAUCUUAACAAAAUGAAUAGCAAUGAAAAUAAUACAGUAAGAGAUGCAGCUCAUAUCUUACAAUCGUAUGAAACAAAGAAAGCUGUACUUGAGAUAUAUACUGAAAACAGUGUUCCUGAUGAAGGAACGCGUUUAGUGGCAAAAUUGCCGAAGUUUGCUUAUGACACAGAAAACGACGUCUACGACGCAAUAGCCGCUAACGCCAACACGUUCAAGUCUGUUUGUAAAAGGAAUAUUGUCAUGAUGACUAUAAAUAGAUAA